AUGGGCAGUGUUGGCAGUGGGGUGGCAGGAGAGCAGGAGUUUGCCAUGAAGUCCGUGGGCACAAGGACCACCCUGCCUCGAGCCCCUCCUCUCUCUCGCCGUUGCCCUGCCGACCGCAGUUGCAGCGCGGAGCGGCUGCCUCGGCCUCCGGCGACUAUAUCAGACGGGACGGCGUCUAGCGAUGAACGGGGGAGUGUUAGUAUCGGGACUGGGACCUGCACCGGGACUGAUCGGCCCACUGAAACAGCCUCCUCUACCCAUACCGAAUGUACAAUGACAGCCCCCUCCAACAACAACCAGCUGGACUGUGCCGCAGCUGGCAGGAGAGAGAGGGAGUGGGAGAGGGAGAGGCAGCGGGAGAGGGGGAGAGACCGGGACAGGGACCGGGACUGGGACCGGGAGAGGCUGGAGAGGGAGCGCGAGAGGGAGAGGAACAGGGAGAGGGAGCGGGAACGAGUGGAGAGAGAGAGGCUGGAGCGGGAGAGAGAGCGAGAGAGGGAGAGGGCCCGAGAGAGGGAAAGGGAGCGAAUUGAGAGGGAGAAGAUAGAGAGAGAGAGGGAACGCGAGCGAGAGAGGGAGAAGGAACGGGAGAGAGAGAGGCUGGAGAAUGAGAGGAUGGAGAGAGAAAGGGAGAGGGAGAUGCAGGCCGCAGGUCUGGAUGCGUGUGGGAACAUCGUGGGUCGAGGAGCAAGCGAGAAGAACAGCGUCGGCAUGACCCACCACCACCACCGGGAGAUGGUCACCGCCAGAACUGACAGUGAGAACAAUCCAGCUGGCCAUAACCCGCCAAACCACAACCCGCCCAAGAUCAUGCCAGUGUCAGGAAAACUAGAGCAGGCGAUGCAGAGCAACUCCGGCCUUGUUCGCCCCUCUGCCUUCAAGCCUGUGGUUCCCAAGAGCUUCCACUCCAUGCAGAACCUGGUGGGCCAGGCAGGAGGGACUGGGAGCGAGGGAAAGACUGAAGCCAGGGGUGAAGGGUUCAGUGAGGGCAGAGUAGGCAGAAGAGGCAGAGACGGAGGAGAGACAGGGGAGGUGCCAGAGGCCCUGCUCCUGGACCAGGACAGCCCAGUUAGGGUAAGCAGGAGCGAGGGAGGGGGAAACGGUAAUGAACUGGUUCAGGGAGGGAUGUCAGACUCAGGGAGAAACUCCCUGACCAGCCUGCCCACCUACACAGGCUCUGGUUCUGGUUGUGGGCCCCCAGCAGUCUUGGGGCCACUCAGUGCUUCAACCAGCCACAUCAACAGGCUGGGCAUGGCUGGGGCAGGUGCAGGCCUGGACAAGCUGGAAAAGCCUGGCUACCAGAACGGACUCAGUGCCUCAGACAGUGGCCGGUCCUCUUCAGGAAAGAGCUCCUCGUCCUAUCAGAGGCUGAGUCACCUGAGUGAUGCUCCAGCACCGCUACGCCCCUCCCCCUCGUCGGAUGACAUCAUCCAGGACCUGGAGGACCGUCUGUGGGAGAAAGAGCAAGAGGUACAACACAUGCGCAGGAACCUGGACCAAAGUGAGGCGGCAAUCAUUCAGGUGUUUGAGGAGAAGCAGCGUGUCUGGGAGCGUCAGAUGGACGAACUGAGACAGAACUAUGCCUCUCGCCUGCAGCAGGUUACCCGUCGAGCGCAGCGCUCCCAGACAGCCCUUCAGGCCCAGAUAACCCGCCUGUCCCAGGACAAGCGGAGGCUCCAGGAGGAAAUGGCAGCUCUAUUGGCUCAGAGAGAGGAGCUGGAAAGAAAGUGUCUGGAUUACAGGAAGGAGCAGGCAGACAUCCUGCCUCGUCUGGAGGAAACCAAGUGGGAGGUGUGUCAGAAGGCCGGAGAGAUCUCCCUGCUGAAGCAGCAGCUGAGGGAGAGUCAGGCUGAAGUGACCCAGCGAGCUGGUGAAAUGGUGGCCCUGAGAGGUCAGCUGAAGGAGCUCAAUGCCCAGCUCAGGGAGCGGGAGGAGGUCAUGCUGGGCCUGAAGGACUCUUACAGCUCUAAGAGCCUGGAACUGGAGAAAUGUGAAGGAGACCUGAGGAGGACCCUGUCUGAGGUGUCCAUCCUGAGAGAGAAGCUGGGCGUGUUUGAGGCAGAAGUGCUGAGUUUAAAGCGCGCUUUGAGUGAGGUGAGCCGAGGUGCAGAAGUCGUGGUGAGCCCAAACCUAGCCGCGGCCGGGCUGUUGCCACCAUGGGGAGCUGUGCACUGCCCGCGAAAUCCAGCCGAGCCCUCCACUAACUCGCUCACCCCCACGUCCGACACCUUGCUGAGUCUUCAGAGCGACGAAGCCAAAGCCCAGAGGCAGGAGGCUCAGAGGCAGGAGAGGCAGCAGCGCGAAGAGGCCCAGUGGCGCGACGUCCAGCAGCGGCAGGACGCGCACCUGCCACAGGACGUGCAGAUGCGCUCGGACCCGCAGCUCCGCCAGGAGGCCCAGCUCCGCCAGGAGGCCCACCUUCGCCACGAGGCCCAACUCCGCCAAGAAGCACAGCUGCGCCAAGAGGCCCACCUCCGCCACGAAACCCAAAUGCGCCAAGAGGCCCAGCUCCGUCACGAUUCCCAGCUGUGUCAGGAAGUGCAGCUGCGUCAAGACACCCAUCAGCAACAGCGGGCCCAAGAGGGUCACUGGGACGAGGCCGGCGAGCUGCGCAGGCAGCUGGAGCAGCUGCAGGCCGCGUUACGGCUGGAGCGCCAGCAACGGGAACGCCAGGCCCUCAAUUUUGACAAGGAGAGGCACACCUGGCAGGACGAGAAGGAGCGGGUGUUGAAAUAUCAGGCGCAGCUGCAGCUCAGCUACGUGGAAACGCUGCAGAAGAACCAAGCUUUGGAAAAACGCAUGAGCCAGCUGGGAGCCAAACAAACCACAAGCUCCACCACAACAACUGUUACCACCAUCACCACAACUUCUCCCACUUCCUCCAACUCUCCACCUCCGCCAUCGGCCCUGUCACCUCUAUCUCCUCCACCCAUUCCUUCUAUUUCUGGUCCCUCUUCCCUUUCUGGCCCUCCAUCACUUUCUGGUCCUCCCUCCCUUUCAGGUCCCCCUUCCCUUUGUGGUCCUCCUUCUCUCACUGGUCCCCCCUCCCUCUCUGGCCCCAUCGCUCUUACCCUCUCCCCACCUUGUGAGGACCAGAAAGGCCCUCCCUCUCUCCAUCAGUUGGCCCCUCCCUGGGCCGGACCCUCACGCUUGGAGAGGAUAGAGUCAACCGAGAUAUAGAAGCAACUCCAUUGAACAAACGCUACAUUUGUCUAAACUCAUAGUGGAAAUUCUCACACAAAAGCACUCCAGCAUACAGUAGUAAAAACUGUCAAAGUAGAACAAACGUGGACAGUUGAACGUCAAGAGCAAAAACUGUAAACUGCAACGUUAUCAGAAACAAACUCAUCAUCUGAGCAGGAAGCUGAACUACAUUCUUUGUUAUCACAGAUUUUUCAACCCCCCCAGGAAGCAUUGCUAUCACAAGUUGAAAAAGGCAACUUGUAUGAAAGUAUUCAUAAAUACUUAUGCCACAGUGAUGCAUGGCAGAGAAAUGAAAUGUCAUAUCAAAUGACAAUGCUUAAAUUACAGUAUUUAUACAUGUGUCAUUUGAUGCCCAUGCUAUAAAAAGGACCAAGACAAUCAGGGAAAUUGUCAAAAGUGAUCAACAACAAUAUAAUGUGAUAUUUAUUCGUUGUAAAUCUGUGUCACUGGUUAUUUAAACGUAGAAUUUGUGGUCAGAGUGUGUGAUGUUAAGUUAAAUUUUUGGCCAGAGAGCGCCUUACACCAUUCUUCCAGGCAUAUUCCCAGAGAACAAUGCCAGGAACAAAUGAAAAUCUAUAUAUAUCAAAAAGUGUGAAGAUUAUUUCAGUGCUUUAACUAUAUCAUCAAACACUGUAAUACAACACUAAUACACAUGGCUGGAAUAAUUCUUAUAAUUCUUUUCCCAGCAGAUGCUGACUUCAAAGGUCUAACACACAUGUCGACUCUUAAUUAAGUUUUUAAGGCAUUUCAUGCACAGGGUCCAACAUGCAUGACCCAGUUAAACACGUUAUUAAGACCAAGAGAGUUUAUAUUUUCUACAAAUAGAAUUUAAAUAAGUACGUUCAGCAGAUAAUCAGCCCCAACGAAAUAUAGUAUACAUUUUUGGAUGUAGGAAAACCUAGUUCACUUUCACUUCAGAUUCUCUGUGGUGACUAACAAUGAACACUAGGGGUCAUUGGAGCACUUUUAAAGAGCUCCCGACUCACCUACCACUUCACUGAACUGCAGGGACGGGAAUGGCCGGACACAGUUUGAAUUUAAGUAUUAUGAUGACUGUGCCUUUGUGCAUUCACAACCAAGAAAUUAGACAGUGCAGUCAGUAAAAAUUUUAUAGAAUGUAUGAUAUACUAGCAGAAAGAAAUACUUAUAAUAGUUAUAGAUUGUAAAUGUGUGUGAGCGAGAAUGUGAAAGUGAGUGUACGCAUGCGUGCUUACAUAUGAAAAGCUUCAUCUUAUGAGACUGAGGAUAGUGGGACUAGUGGCAAUAUACGUGAAGAUUAAUAUUCAAAGAAGUGGGGUUUUCUUUUAGAACAUAUACAUCAAAGCUUGUGAGACUGAAGUUUUCAACCGCGGGUGUGUGUAUAUCUUGAAAAACUGUUACUUUCUUCUGUAUAAUUCAUUUAGACGAAGCAGGGGAGGAGGAAGUUUUAAAAAAAUAUGGAAAGGAAGACGAAGGAGAGCUUUCAGGCUUACUGCACUAUGUAGUGUUCUACACACAGGUUAUGAUGUACAGUAGGUUCUGAUGUGAAUAUCAUGGCUUUUAUAUGUGUUGUUUAUGCCAGCAUAAAAAGAUGUUGCUCAAGAAUAUUAACUUAUCUCUAAUGUAUUACAUAGUAUUAUCAUCUUUAUUACUGUUAUUAUAUUAUUGUGAACUGAGAGAGAAAAUAUGUGCCAUUUGAGCUUUCCUUUAUGUGUUUUUAUAAAUUAUGUAGAUAGCCUUUUGGCUGAUCAUCAUGGUGCAAUCAUAGCAACCUUGUCCAAAAAUGAUGUUCCUUUUGAUGUAGGUGACGUAGCUAAAGUACUGCAUUGUUUAGAGAACAAAAUGCUAUUGAUUUGAUACAUGUUUCAAAAUUAUUGUUUGCAUUUAUGUUACUAGUACUGCUCUGGCUUGAUUAAUACCAUCCAUUUGUUAACAUGCAGCAGAACUAAUAAAGAUAUGUGAAUAAUUCAGCA